GGGUCAUCUGGCGCUGGAUCAUCUGGCUCGACAGCGGGCAUCGGGUCACCAGGCAUGACCGCGGGCACUGGGUCAUCAGGCAUUGGAUUGCCUGGCUCGACAGCGGGCAUCGGGUCACCAGGCAUGACAGCGGGCACUGGGUCAUCAGGCAUUGGAUCGUCUGGCUCGACAGCGGGCAUCGGGUCACCAGGUAUGACUGCGGGCACUGGGUCAUCAGGCAUUGGAUCGUCUGGCACGACAGCGGGCAUCAGGUCACCAGGCAUGACAGUGGGCACCGGGUCAUCAGGUACCGGAUCGUCUGGCUCGACAGCGGGCACUGGGUCAUCAGGCUGG